AUGCUUAAAAUAUCUGUUGAAGAACUUUGGCGUCUAGAACUUGAACAAUUACGUAAUCAUGAAUUAAUAUCAUCACAUCCAUCGAACAUUAGGUUUGAUUUACAAGUUCCAUCCACUUAUACUUGUCGAGCAGUGUUACCGAUGACUAGUGAAACACAAUGUUCGAAAAAUGAUAUUUAUUCUAGUGUUAAUUCACCAAUUAUUCUUCAUUCAAGUCCGACAACUAGUACUCAUGAAAUAAUAUCGAACAAAAUGGGAAUAAAAGAUAAAAUGUUUCAAUCAAAUAUUCAAUCAAUGUUUUUUCAGAAAUCGAAACCCAUAGACACACAUCUUUCAAUAAGUAAAAAACAAAAACGACAUGGAUUGGAAGAUAAUUCUAUGAAAUUUUGGACAAAAAAAGCAUUACUACAUCUAAGAUUUCGAUGUUCACAACACUUGCAUUGA